ACAAUCAACGAGUUAAGAUUGUUGCAUUCCAUGAAGGAGUUGUCCAGUUAGUUGGGAGCGUUUCAGUAUUUGUCACAUUCCACGACGGAGUUGUUCCAUUCCAUGAAGGAGUUGUCCAAUUAGUUGGGAGCGUUUCAGUAUUUGUCACAUUCCACGAUGGAGUUGUUCCAUUCCAUGAAGGAGUUGUCCAAUUGGUUGGGGGCGUCUGA